AUGGGUGAUCGAAAAACUGUUGUACUCAGAGGUGGGGCACCGUGGGGUUUUCGACUUUCUGGUGGAGGAGGAUCAAUUUAUAUAGCAAAGGUUCGCAGUAGGAGCAAAGCAGCUCUUGGCGGUCUUUCGUCGGGUGAUGUUAUUGUAUCCGUAAAUGGUAGUUCAACCCAAUCAUUACGAGAGAUAAAUGAUAUUAUUGAUACUGUACGAGAUCAAUUAGUCAUCGAAGUACAGAGUUCAAAUCACCCAAUACGUGGCAGUCGUCUAGAUUCAAGUUCGAGUUUAGAUAAAGAAAACAGUCCUAUUCGUUAUACGACCCGUGCAACAAACCAAAUGGAUUAUAAUCAAAAUCCAUAUCGAAUGCCAUCAUAUCAUUCUUACUCACCUACAACGACUAUAGAGACUUCGAAUUAUCGUAAUUUAAACACUGAUCAACAACGUUAUACAGACAAUUAUGGACGUUCGAUAACAAAUCCAUUACCAUCAAUAUUUCGAACAGCCACUAUUAGUGCUACUUCACCAUCAGCUAAACAAUCACAAAAUACUUAUCAACCAUCGUACCCAAGUUCAAAUUAUCAACCACAAACAUAUCGUCCAUCGACAAAUAAUUACGAUACACCAAAAACCUAUACAACAUCGUCCUAUGAUCAAGGUGGUUAUAUAUCCGAUACGAAUGAUAUGAGACGUUCGAGUAUAUCGAUUCGACCUCAUGCUGUUACUAAUCGUAAAAUAGUAAAUGCUGCAGCAAAUAAUCAAAAUCAGCCGUCGUCAACGCGUACCAUUAAUCAUAAUGACGCAAGUUACUAUUCAGAUUCAGAAUACGUAACAAGUGGUCCAAGAUAUUAUAAGAUAGCACGUCAAAUAAAUUCACCAAGACGACCAAGCAAUGUUGUUCUACCAAUUAGAUCAGUGACAAGUAAAGCAUAUGAUAAUACGCCAUACACGCAACAGCAGCAGUCAACACCACGAUCAUCUGUUCAACAUGCUGCUCCUCCAUUUGAUUUCAAUCGUUACCAACAACAACAGCAACAGCAACAACAACAGCAACAGCAACAGCAACGACAACAGCAGCAGCAACAGCAGCAACAGCAGCAACAGCAGCAGAGUUACUACCGAGAACCGCAGCAACAUCGAUCUCACAUACAUAAAUCACCACCACCACGUCUCGUUUUACCACAAAGUAACUAUGGACCCAGUCCAGAAGUCGAAAUUGAUCACGAAUUGGGAGCUGAAUUACUUAAAUCUCCUCUAGUAAAUAAAAAAAAGUAUGCUGAUUCAAGUUUUUUCUCCACACCUUACAAUACUUAUCCAACUAUUGAAGAACAAAAGAAAAUGGCCCGUAAGAUUGCCAAUAUCCUUGAGGGUGGUGAUCCCUCCAGUAAAGGAAACACAAAGUUUGAUCGUCAAAGACAAAGGGCCGAUAAGUUUACUGUUGAAGCAGACUCGGAAUCACCCGACAAUUAUCGUCCAUUGAAACCAAUUCAACCAUUGCCUGCUUACUAUGAUUCAUCCGAUGUACCUGAUUGUAUUCGACAUAGUCUUGAUGAAGCGCAACAUAUCAAUCCAUUAAGAUAUGUCGGAGCUCCUGAAGAAUUCAAACAUUUACAUAUGCAGGAGCAUGUAACACAUACUAAUGUACCACCACAACUGGCAGCUAGUCUUGUGGCGGAUUUAAAUGAAAAUCGUGGAAAAGGUGCAGCAAUUUUUCAAAAACGAAAAGCACGAUCGGAAAAAUGGGUAGUGGAUGAGAAUAAUGUCAAAAAACAAUCACAUCAACCGACAUCAAGUUAUAUUGGAGCAACAGCAAAACCGUGGGGCCAAAAAGCGCCCUCCGCAUGGAGUGGUGACGAGUCCCAUUCGAUUCCACCAUAUUCACCAGUUCGUCCAGUGCACCCAGUCGAACCACAAUCUCCUCAAUUAACACCAGCACCUCAAACUGGACCAAGAUUUGGUGACUUCAAUGUAAAAGCCAAAGGAUGGAAUACAGAGAAUGUCGCUCCACAAUCUCCUCGUGCUACAGUGACUGAUCAACGAAAAGCUGUUAAUCUAAAUAUCGGUCCAAGUAUUCGUGAGGGUAUAAUGGAAUCCCAUACACGUAGUAAUUCUCUACCAUGGUCACCACCACCCAUUAAUCAAAAUAUGCCACAGGAACAUUUUUUCUCACAGCAACAACAACAACCAUCAAACGAUGAAUAUUUUAAUUAUCCACAAGAAAAUUUGCUUGCUAAAUGGAAAAAUCAAGAUUACGUUCCAUGGAAUCAACAGAAUGAAUCUCAACAACGAAACCAGCAGAUGCCAAUGACUCGUGAAGGUGUGGAAAAUAUACGACGCCGAUUAAUGCAAAAUCAAGGACAAGAAGAUGGAUAUAAUGAGUCAAUGAGACAAGCGUAUGGAACCAGACCACGAAAAGUUUCUGGAAGUCAUGGACAAUUCCCGCAACAUCAACAACCUCAAUUUCAACAUCAACGUCAACAACCUCAAUCUCAACGCCAACAAUCUCAAUCUCAACAUCAACCGCAACAGUAUUAUAAUCAAAGACAACAGCAACAACAUCAUUUUACAGAUUUAUAA